AUGGCUUUCCUUCAUGGUGUUUUAAGUAACAUUCAGCCUCAUUUAGGCUUACAUAGAAAUACUAUUGAUGAAGCUAUAAGCUUUCUUAACGCCAAUAAACAUCGUGGUAAAGAUGGUUUUAAUAAGGCGAUUGGUAAAGUGGUGGAGGGGGUGAAGGGGUAUAAUGAGGGUGUGAGGAGAUCGAAUGAGAGUGUUAGCAAGCCUACUAAAAGACUCUAUGACUUUGCGAAAAAAGGAGGUAUGUGGUCUAAUGAGGUUAACGAUAUGCAGGUGAGUAUUGGGACUGAGCAAGAGGUUGAGAGGUCCGUGGAGCUGGUGACACAGUGCGUGAAAGACGCGCUGAAGUUUAAUGAUGCACUAAAUGUAGUCAAACAUCCUGACGUAAAGAACGCAAUUAAUGAUCUUAGUCCUAGUCUAACUGAUAGAGUACAUAGGCUGCGUGAGAGUCUUCAGCGUGAUACUGAGACGCUCAAGGACUAUUACCAGAAGAAGGAAGGGGGCAACGUGAAGUACAGGGGCAAGGAAAAAGAAAAAUUGGAUGAGAUGGUUACGCUCAUUGAGAAUAAGUUUGAGAAGCUUGCAGAGGGCGUGAACAGAAGGAUUAAGAAUGAUGUUGAGAUACUUGUUAAACUUCUGAAAGAAAAAGUUAAGAGCAUUUUGCAACAACUUAAGGCUAUUGAAAAGAGCCUGCGGCAGUACUUUGAUACAUUGGCAGAGUGGAUUAGCAAAGCAGAGAAGUUGGUGACGGGUGCAUCGGCACAUAUUGACAAAAUAUUGGAUGAGGUAAAAAAUAAUCCAAUGUAUCCGAAUAGGGGUGCUCUUGAAGCGGCCGUUUUGCAGCUGCGGGGUAAGGCCGAGGAGCUUUUAGCGGCCGGAAAGGACGCGAGGCAGAAGGCUCAAGAUGAACUGAAGACGGCGUUGAAGGCGGUGAACAGCAUGAACAGUACACUUAGGAUGGAUUUGAAUACAGUGAAAGGCCAGAUUCAGAGCGGUAUUAGAGAAUAUGUUGGCAAUCUGAAAAAGGUCUUAGAGGCAGGAAUGACGGAUCCGCAAAACAUGUGGGUUCAGAAGGCCGAGAAAGGUGUUACCGACAUAAAACAGGCUUUGCAGACGGGAGAUCUUAAGACGAAUUUAGGUAGCUUCGGAGUGAAGCUGGAAACGGUCAUCGGCAAGGCGACAUCAACUAAUCACGAACUUGGCCAAUAUAUAGAGAACGUCUUGUAUGAUCUUAAACAGAUAUCCGUUAAGUGGAAUGAUAAUCCCGAUCUCGCCGGCGCCAUUUCCGCUGACCUAACGAAUGAACUGGAAAAGGAGUUGCCGGAUGGUGGCAUAAACGUUGACAUAACGAGGAGAGCAGACAUUUUAAAGACUUAUAAGGAUCACGUCUCCCAAGAACACCUAACCGCCCUUAUGAACGGUAUUAUGCCAGAUGGCAAUAAAAAUCCAGGCGAACUCCCCAAGGCGAUCAAGAAAAUUGAAGAAAAAGUAACCAGCGCUUUGGUAAAGAUCGACACAAUUGAACCGGAGAUCCAGUCAGCCUUCGGCCAAGUUGAAAGCGAUCUCAACGCUCUCUGCAAUGCGAUUGCGAACGAAUGCACAUUCGCUAAAUUUAGUUUGAAGGAACUGAAAGAGAAGUAUUUCAGGGAAGGUAAGGAUUACACAAAGGAGGCUCAAGAGAGCGUCAAGAAGAUCAAGCAUGACAUCAACAUCCUGCUAAUUAAGGACCUGCAAGCCGUCAUUAAGGACGCUGAAGCCUUUGAGGGCUAUGCUAACAAAGCCGAAAAGCACUACGUAGACAUCCUCACAAAAUACGUGAACGAGAGAGUCACGGAGUCGCGCAGCGUCAUCGUCAAAGCAGUGCGCAAGCAGUACGUCACGAAAGUAAAAGCCUUAUUGGCGGCAUUCAGCAAGCGCAUCACCGACGAGCUCCAUGACCUUCCUACCGCAAUCACGAAAGACUCCGACAAGAACUACAAGGGGUUCAUGAAGGUGUUGUCGACGAAAUUGACAUCCAGUAAAUUAAGUGAGAUGCUGCCUCGGGAGGCUAAACUGGACACUUUAUCCCCCAAAGUUCAUGCCUUCUUCGUUACUCUGCUUGAUGCUCUGGAAACUAAUCGUGACGUCAUGCCAGAGACAAAGAUUGCCGAUCUGCAAAACAAACUAGCCCCUUUGUUCACUGAUCUCACUAAAUACAACAGAAAAUUUGUUAAUGACUUAACAGCACUUAACACUCUACUCACCGAAAUGCAUCCCGAUUCGUACUCCGCCCCCAGCAAUCCCCUGCUCGACAUCCUGAAAACAGGCGUACAGGGAUUGCACGAUGAGCUCAAAAAGGCGUACGUGUCGGCGUACGACGGUGAACCAUGGUAUACUGAACACGAAAACAAGUACGCGAAAAUAUGUUUCACCUGUUUGCCCACCUUAACUACCGCGUUGACUGAGCUUUACGAGAAUUGUAAAUCAGAUGGUGGCUGGAAGACUAAGACAAUAUGCGAAUUUGACAGCAAUAACAUAGAAAAUCCACUUGGUGCUUUCCUACGCAACUGUGGUUAUGAUGUCGCAGAAAAAGAGACUUCCAAAAACGGCGAAUUAAAAUUCCCUUCCACGACGUUCGUCGGUCAGAAGAUCUACGAGAAACUUAAUGAGGCAGUUGCCACGGCCGACGCUACUACACACCUCACAACGUGUCAAAACCCGAAAAAGAUAUUUAAUGUCACUGCUGUCCUUGACUGUCUUAAGAAGCACCUUAAUGAAUUUUACAAAGUCGGUCAUCAUUCCACAUUCACCUCAAGGAGACAUCCGUGUUCCGUGUAUGAAAUGCUUGCAUGGUCCACUGGUCUCCCGCAUAACAGAGUUUACGCUUCAUUAAUGUCACACGUUAAAUCGUUGUUCUACGCACCUAAAAACGCUGGCGGCUCGUCACGAAAACAGAUUGCGCCCAUUAACGCCUAUCCAUACGCCGUCACGCUUAGAGAUGUUGAGAAUGCCAUUGCCCAUGUUAUAUCCUAUUCACGUGACAUGCUCACUACUAUAGUUGGCCCCGGCGAUGCUAACUGCAGGUACGCCUGCGACUACUCCAACAACACGCUAAAUCUACACUAUCCCGCAGAUCCGUCACAGUGCCUUGGCAUGUUCAUUGACAUCCUCCGCAGAAUAUUGCCUCCUUUCAGGUUCAUGUUAGGCCAGUGUGGUCUAAGACCUGAGCACAACGGAUGGGCGGCCUGCCUUUACGGGCGGGAUGUCAAGCCAUCCAAAUGGGCCGGCGAAGAGCAUCUAAACGACAAACCAACUGGCCGACCAACUGGCCAACCAAACUGCCAGUCAAAUGACCAACCAAAGUUCCAACCAAAUUGUGAACCAACAUCUCCACUUCAGUCCUACCUAACCGACACCCUUGUUGGUCACAUGCCACAUCAGUUACAGUCGGUUGGUUGCACGGCCAAAUGUACGACGUGCUCAUCAAGUUCACGUCACAUGCCAUGUCUCACUCCCCUUGGUUUCCGAGCCUUUUCUGGUUCUACCAGGACAGGUUUUGAUUUACAUGAUUUGCUAUAUGGGUUUCUGAGUAACCCGCAUCUCGCAUCUCUGCUGUGCCUCUCUCCGAAGGCACCGGUAACGCUGCCAGAGCAUAUUAGUUUUGCGUAUUCAUUUGUUACUGCCUUGAAUGACGUAAGCAAAUAUCCCAUCAUCAAGGAUGUUGAAACGUCCAUCAGAGCGCGCUCCAUUGAUUUAUGUGAGGAUCCCAGAGAACUCACCGGUGUACUCACCGAUGCGUAUGGUUCAGACGCUGUCAAACACGGUAAAUGUAAGCACGCCCACGUCAUGAAUCUCACAAACACUGGCAUAUGUCAAAGCGCAGAGAAUGCUAUUGACUGUGCUCCCGGCAUCUCCAGUGUAUGUCGCGAUGCAUAUCGCUAUUUAGCCCAGAAGAAUUGUGACGCAUACCUAUCAUGGGCUCUGUACCUCCCAUGGGAGUUUUAUUCAUACCUUGAGCGCCUACUCGAGGCCUUCACGCAUAUAUUCUGCGAAGACUGGGGAUGCCGAAAUUGCCUGAAUGGCAAGUGUCAACGAGGACGCCACGGUAAUGCGGAACAACCGUGCCAUUGCACCUCCAUGGUCAACUGCAGAGGCGUGUCGCCGACACUGUACAAAUAUGGAUUCACUUUCGACGACGCCUGGCUGACGCGUAGAGGAGGGAAAGCAACUACAUGUAGUGACUUCAAUAAGCUGUUGACCAAUGUCCUCAAAUCGGAAUAUUUCACGAAGCUAUUUGAUGCGUGCGACAAAUUCAUCUUCAUCAUAAGAGCGCCAUUCAUCUGGACACUGUUAUCCCUCUGGUCGCUGUCGCUCCUGUACCUGCUGCACAUCCUCGUCGUCCGCCUCGACGUCCUCCGCAUCCGCUCCCACCUGAGAUCACCUUCCAGCCACAGGAUCGCCGCCCAGUCGCUCCUCGCCGUUGCAAAGGUUGGGGAAAUUGCCAACGUCAAGUACUUCUCACCGUAA